AUGGAGACCGCGCCGCACAACAUCCAGACUGAGCGCUUUGAGGCGGAUCAGUACGUCAGGGUGCAGCUGUCGACGGGUCGCUCCGAGAUUGGCGUCAUUCUCAGCAUUGACGAGUCUGGUGGGACGGCCGUUGUGGCAACCCGCCACGGGUAUGACAUCACCGUGCGCCUCAGCAGUGUGCGACGCGCCUUCCUGCUGGUGCUGGACCUCAACGGCGUUCUGGUUUCCCGCGGACGGGGGAGUUUUUUUGACCGCCCCGGGGUGUGCGAGUUCAUCAACUUCGUGAUGAACAACUUCGUGGUCGCGGUGUGGACCAGCGGGCUGGAGCGCACCUCGAACCCCAUCAUCGAUAAAGUGUUUGACGGCUUUCAAGACAGACUGCUUUUCAAACUCUACCGUGAUUCGUGCACCGUGUGGCCGACGCCAGAGAAGCCGUACCGCACCAUUAAGAACCUGCAGCGCAUCUUUGAUAGCUACCCGAAGAGCUUCAACGCGGUGAAUACCAUCAUUGUGGACGACUCCCCUGACAAGUGCUCUCAUCCUGAUAUCGCCCUGUGCCCUGUGCCGUUUACCGAUCCUGUGAAGCAGAUGGACGACAAUGGCCUUGUGCUGGCAAUGGAGGUGCUGAAGGAGGUGCUCCGCACUGAGUCCCAUGCGCCACUGAUCCGCGCGAGCGAGGAACGUUUGGUGGCCCUUGCGGCCCAGGAGGAACAGGGAAAGAAGGAGGAGGAAGAUGCGUUAGCGGGUGGGCCGUCGGCGGGCGACGCGAAUGAUGUAAAGUCAGUGGAGUUACCGGUAACAUUUCUUUGGGCAGCGCGCCUGUGUUGCGAUUAUAUUAGCGGUGGGUGUGCGCGUGAGGACUGUCGCUUCGUCCACAGUUUUGACGACGGGAAGCGGCCGUGCUCCCGAAAAGGUGCAUGCCGCCGCGGCCACGCACGACGGUGGAUCGACGAACCGCUUGCCGAGGCAGAAGCCCCAUCGACGACCACUUCAUUGAAGACGCCCGGCACAUCGGGUCCCUUCAAUGUGCCAAGCGUUUUUUCGCUCUUUUCGACCAAUCCGGAUCGGCAAAAGGAACAUCAACAGCACGAUUAUGCAUGGAGCAGCAACGCUCACUCAAAACAGGAAUGGACUAAAGACACCAAACACCAGCUACAGCAGAAGCAGCAACAACAAGAGCAACAGCAGACGAAACAACAGCAAAAUAAGUGGCAAAAAGAGGCGAAAUUUGUUGGACGCCAAAAAGAUCCUAAGGACGUUUUUUUUGGACAAAAAGACACUAAUCGCGGGAUGUCAAAUAUAGCGCAGUUCUUGGGGUCACAUCACGGAGCACCGCGCAAUGCCCAUUCUCUUGACUCUGUGGCGCCGGGACCCAAAUCCAUGCGGUUUACAGGUGACAGGAAGGAUGGUAGUGCCCUUCUUCGCCAGCUUCAGGAGAGUCUGUCGAUUGCUAAGGAGGGGAGGCCUGCUAACACGAGGCCAAUUAGAGGGAAGGACAGGGGUUGUUAA